UAGAACCCUGAGAACACUGCUGUAGAGAGCAUCCACCGCUGCAGCCGCAUCACCAGCAACUCUAGCAGCCACAGUGUCGUAACACCAGCUGCACCCAUACGUCUACGGCAGCAAUACAAAUAACCAACAGAGGAAAGUCAACCUGUGGAACUCCUAGCCAGAGGAUGAUGUGAAGGCCAAGAUUAUAACAGGGUUCAAAACAGAACUAGUGGGGAGGAGUUCUCUGGCCAUCUCUGAUGACAUACAGUCUCCAUGGCAACAAAUCCAUGACAACGCAACAGAGGAGGGUACUGCAGGCUGCAAUUUGAGCUGUCUGCUUCAGGAAUGCAGUGGUUAAUGGCUGUACCGAAGAGCUAGGAAGUCAGCAAAUUUUAAUGACCAAUUUUGAUCAAGUAAAGAACACCCCUGUAUGUUUUGGAAUAAAAUGGAUAACUCUUUUGUGGAAGAAGUGGCUGCAUCUUUGGUUAGAGAAUUUCUCAGCAGAAAGGGUUUAAAAAAGACAAGUGCCAUUAUGGACAGAGAAUUUCCACGUACUGCACUUAGCAUCAACAAUAGAAAUGAACUGCGAAAUGUUUUGCAUCUACAAUCUUUGUACAAACAAAACAAGGCAAAGGAGAAUCCACUGAAAACAAUUCUUGAAGUUAUCACCAACUAUUUUCUUGAACAUUUUGGGACUACCAGAUGUAUCGCAAGUCCUGCAGCUUCAGUUCUACAAGCUAAGAGCUCACAGCCUAGGUGUAUAGAAACAUCAUCAUCAGUUAAUGAUUACUUAGAUGAAGACAUGCAUGGCAGAACAACCGUGUCUGACGCAAGUAAAACUGAGGUUUACAGAUAUGACAUUGAUGUUCCACUAUAUAAAGACAGACAUCAACAUAAAAGUGAGAAAUCCAAGACUGUGAUAGUACCCAAUAGUGGCUCAUCCUCUGAUGGAGAUAAAAAGUCAAAAAAUAGCAGAGAUGAUUUGAAAAUAACAGAAACUUCUGAGGAGAUGAAGACCACAAUGAGAGAGAAGCAAAGGUCCAGGUCUGGUCUCAUUGUCAGAGGAAUGAUGGCUGGACCCACUGCAAGUUCACAAGAGGAUUCAGUAAAAAGGAGGCUUCUGAAACGAUCCUCUGGCAUAAAUAGCACAAUGCAAUUCAAAGAGGAAGAUCAUCAGAAAAAUUAUUCAGAGGUGCCAACUAGUGAUUUUCAAGAGAUUAAAGGAACUUCCACAGAGUCCAUGAGUUACCUUUCAUCACAUAAUGCCAGUGGUCUGAAAGUAGAUACGGAAUUUUCAUCAAAGAUUUCAUCAAACUCAUACACAACUUCCGUCAGUGAGAAGCUAAGACAUACGCCCAAAGACACAGCUGAUCCACUUGCCAAACUCUUAUCAGAAAGAGAAAGGACCAAAGUUGAAGAAAGGAAAUCAGUGGCAAGCUUUGAUAUAGACACCAGUGAAAAAACCCUCAAAUUAAGUGUUCUUCACAGACAUUCAGAAGCUGGAAGAGAAAAGAGAGAAAGAUCUCCCAAAAACAAUGAGAAUCGGUUAUCAGGUCGCAGAAAGACUCCAUCAUCCAUAUCCAAUAAAAGUGACCAGAUAAAAGGUGUCCUAGAACUAGUUGAUUUCGAUGAUGAAGCAACGAUUGGGGAAGUUAGUAGGAUCCCAGAACUUUCAACGCUGUAUACACUUGAAAUAGUAUCAAAGGCAAUUGAUAUUUCCCUAGCAAAAGAAAUAAAAAAUCUUUUGUUUGGCUCAAGCCUUUGUUGCUUCAGUGAAGAAUGGAAAAUACAGAACUUUACAUUUAACAGUAUACCACAGCUAAAAUACGGCAUCGUUCAAAAAAAGGGCGGCCCAUGUGGAGUAUUGGCCGCAGUUCAAGCCUGUGUCCUGCAACAACUUCUCUUUGGAGACAGUCACAGAAAUAGCGAUGUGCGGUGUCUGCAACCUUCAGAUGCUCAUAGGACCAAAUGCCUCACCCUGGCUAUUGCAGAUAUUUUAUGGCGUGCCGGGGGCAAUGAAAAAGCUGUGGUUGCACUGUCUUCAGGAAGGCAGCAGUUCACUCCAGCAGGAAAAUACAAAGCAGACGGAAUCUUCGAAACACUAAUACUACAUAGUGUCACAAAAUGUGAAGAUCUGACCAUUUUUCUUCAGCAGAAUAUUCGUCAGUUUGAAACUGGUCCAUUUGGGUGCAUUCUUCUUACCGUGUCGGUUAUCUUUACAAGAUCUAUCGAUCUGGUGCGCAACGAUUUUGAUGUGUCCACAAACCGACUGAUUGGCACCCACGGAUACUGCACACAAGAACUUGUGAACUUGCUGCUGACUGGUAAGGCUGUGUCCAACGUGUUCAAUGAUGUAAUAGAGCUGGACUCUGGAAAUGGAAAUAUCACAGUUUUGAAAGGAAUCACUAACUGCAGUGAUAUCGGCUUGCUGUCUCUUUUUGAGCACUAUGAUGUUUGCCAGGUUGGCUGCUAUUUGAAGACCCCUAGGUACCCAAUUUGGGUCGUGUGCAGUGAAAGCCAUUUCAGUGUGCUUUUUUGCUUGAGAAAGGACUUACUAGGUGACUGGAAAACAGAACGGAGAUUUGAUCUCUAUUACUAUGAUGGCCUGGCCAACCAGGAAGAGGAAAUACGGUUAACAGUUGAUACAGUUCAGCCUUACACUGAAGAUAAAGAAAAUGACCUUAUUCCUCCACUUGAGCACUGUAUUAGGACAAAGUGGAAAGGAGCCGUUAUUGACUGGAAUGGCACAGAACCCAUCUUGUGACUGAACUGAAAUAAAAGGAAACUGCUAGAACGCUCUUAUUCUCACCAGUAAGGAAGCAGGGCAAAACUCCUGGCCGCUUUUGCAAUGUAUGGUGAAGCUGAGUGACACGCUGCAUGCAGGCGGGAAGAAUUUCACCUUGCGCUUCAGAUAUUUCAUUCAUUGCGUAAACAUCAUUUACGUAAAUUCUCUGUCACUUCCUUUUAUGCACAAUGCAUGAAAGUAGACAGAACCUCCACUGCCAAAAUAAACUUUCAGACAAAGCAGUAAAGCUGUCAACUUCUACUUGAGUUCCAUUGCUGGGUUCAUUCUGCAUCUUGCAAGUUUCUCCAAAGAUCAGACAAAAGAAGCCGCACCCAGAUUUCUUUGACAUUGGCUUUUCCGUCCUCCCCCUCACAGCCCCCGCCCAAGAAAACCAAGGUACAAACGUGAAGCACUGCUAGAGAAAGAAGUUAUCUUCUUUCACUAGUUUUUGUAGUUCACACUUUCCAAUGAACUGGUUAUUAACACUGUAGGCACUUGCAGUAUGGCCUGGAAUACAGACACAGUUUUUGUACUAGUGUAACUAGGUGGGGAUAUAAUAUUUACUGAUAUCAUUAUACUGGUACAAGCCCUAGUGUGGAAGCUAGUUAUACCAAUAUAAGUGUCCUUAUACCAGUAGAAUUUAUUCCUCUUCCUGUACAGGCGACUAUGUCUAUAUUAUGAAGAUCUGCAGCCAUAGCUAUGUCAGUCUGAGAUUUGAAGAGGGAGAUCUCUGACCAACAUAGCUGUGCCAGGAGAAGCUCCUAGAGUAAAUACAGCAAUACCGGCAAAACUUUGCUUUUACUGAUAUAGCUUGUUUCACGCAUGGGGGGUGGUUUUACUAUAUCAGGACAAAGUGCAUCUAUGCUAGCACAGCUGCAUCUACACUAGAGAUAUCUCUACACUACUGAGACUAUGAGCUUGUCUUCACUAUGGAGCUAAAUCAGCACUGAUGCAAUCAAUGCAGCAACAUCAAUUUAGUGGGUCUAGUGAAGACAUGCUCAAUCGAUGGGAGAGCACUGUCCCAUCGAUUUCUGUACUCCACCUCAAUGAGAGGCGGAAGCAAUGUUGGCAGGAGAGCGUCUCCCAUUGACAUAGUAUAAUGUGGGCCCCGCGGUAAGUAGAUCUAAACUACGUCUCCUUGAGUUACGCUACUAAUGUCACUCAAAUGGCAUAGCUUAGAUCGACUGUCAACGUUAGUGUAGACCUGCCCUAAAUUGGUAUAGCUGUGUUGGCAUAUCUAUGUCACCAUAGCCAUGUAGUGCAGACACAGCCUAUUCUGACAGAAGAAGUUUUUCUAUUGGUGUAGGAGCACCACCCCCCUGAGCAAAGUUAGCUAUGUUGGUGGAAGCCCUCUUUCAUCAACAUAACUGUGUCUACACUGGGGAUUAUGUCAGCAUAGCUAGGUCCAUCAGGGUGUGGUUUUUCAACCCCCUGACAGACUGAUGUCCAUAUAACUUUUCACUGUAGCCCAGGCCUCAGAUCACUUUGCUUGUGCAGUAUACUGGCAUCCUGUACAGGUAAAUGGUUCUAGUGUAGACGUAGCUGGAAUAAGCUAUGCCACUAUAGGCACUUUUAUACUGGUAUAACUGCAUCCACACUAGGGGUGUUGUACCACAUGAACUAUUCUGACAUAGUUAAAGCCAUACCACUUUUGUGUGUAGAUAAGGUCUAAGAUGUUUUGCCCCUUCGCAACUGUAAAAAAACAGGCGCCAUAAUGUUCUACAUUUAAGAUGCACAUAUCUGUGACAGGUACUGUUCCUAACAGUUAAAUAAAAGGCAUGUGUGAAAACAUAUUCUUUCAGUUAAUCCAGAGGCUACCAAACCCAGAGCUAGGGGUUCGUGAAUGAACUGUAUGAGGGUUAUGUUGCAAAUAAAAUGUGCAGAACUGGGCCAGACCAAUCAAAGGAACAAUGGAACAAAAAAUUUGAAACAAAGCAACAAUAUUAGUUACUAAUGGAAAGGCAACAGAGAAGUGGUGUGUCUAUCAUUUAUUCCUAUGCCUUUGGGAGCAACUCUCAUAAAAUGUCUGUUUUUUAUGUUCAAAAUGGUACCCUAGGAAUAUCCAUUUUUUCAGUUAUCCACUUUGUAGUCAUUUAAUAUUUAGUUUCUACUUUUCUAUCAAUAAUAGUAAAAUUUUUCAGACUGAAUUUUCAGAUUAAAACUUAAUUUUACAUUCGCAUAUAUUCAGACAAGUUACAGCAGAGUAUUCAACUACACAGAAACAUAUAGACACCUAGGGAAAUUAUCACUAGCUAUAGAUUGAUGAGCCUGUCUGAAUGUGAGCCAGGACACCAAACAGAAUUUUUUUUAGUAUAAAAAGUCUUUGGAUAUAUACCCUCCUUCUCUGUUGCUUCCAGUUCCCAGCAGGCCUUCUACCUCCGCAUACCUGGGUCUCUGCUGGUCUGAUAAGGUUAGCUAGGCCAGAUACUGUACUUAAACCUUGUGAGAUCAAAACCUUCCAUUAAAGUAAAGAUCAUCAGGAGCUGGCAGAUCUGGUUUCUAUUCCUGGCUCUGCUACAGUUAUAUGGCCUUUGCCAAGUCCCUUAACCUCUCUGUGCUUAGGUUUCCUCAUCUACAAAAUGGGGAUAAUAACACCUACCUCACAGGUGUAUUGCGAGGCUUGAUCAAUUACUAUUUGUAAGGUGCUUUUUGAAUCCUGAUCGGAAGAUACUAUAAGAGAGCAAAGGAAAUUGGUGAUGAAUUCCUGGGGUCAGAUAUAAUGAGAGAAAAUAUCUUUGUGGGCCCUCAAGUCUGGAAAAACCCAGGUGCAUGUGAGAUGUCAAUAGAACACCUAGCUGGACCCUUGUAGAAAGAGUGCCAAUCCCAAGAACAUCUUCCAAAUAGAAUAUCAACAAAGGUACAGGGUCUGUUGGGGUUUAGGGAGCCGUUUAGUGUCAGGAAGAUAUGGGGAAUCUUCAGGAUGUAAGAGACAGGAAGUUGGGACUUAAGACAAAGGAAGUAUAGAACCAGGGAAAGAGGGAAUGUUUUGGUUAGGCCUGGGAGGGUAGAGGAGUGGAGGUAAGGAAAAGGGGAGUUUAGGUAAGCAUAUGAACGUCUGAGUCUUUCUCCAAACCAGAUUGUAGAGACUUUUGAGUCUCUUCUGUGACUGGCAAGUAUUUUUGCAGAAAAUCGAGUAUCAGAGGGGUAGCCGUGUUAGUCUGGAUCUGUAAAAAGCGACAAAGAGUCCUGGGGCACCUUAGAGACUAACAGAUGUAUUGGAGCAUGAGCUUUCGUGGGUGAAUACCCACUUUGUCAGACACAUGUGGUGGAAAUUUCCACCCACGAAAGCUUAUGUUCCGAUACGUCUGUUAGUCUAUAAGGUGCCACAGGACUCUUUGUCACUGACAGUUGUUUUUCAUCACAGCAGAAUCCUAUGGAUCCAACUCCCUCUGAUCCAAGAAGACCUGUUACCUAUAAUUGUUAUGUCCUCCCACACAUACCAUUUGCUUUCAAAAGUCCCCUGUGUAUCUGAAAUCUUUUUAUCUGAAUAAAAUCCAAGUCCCAUUUCAUCCGGAUAGAAGAUACAGUCAAAUCCUGUAUAUCAGAAAGCCAGAAAUAAAUUUGCUCAGUACAAUUCCACAAAACCACUGUAUGUGUAUAUUGAUUAACUUCCACUCCUACAGCAUAGUUCUCCAUGACUUGGCUGGGGCCCUGAGGAUCUGCACAUUGCUAAUAUACUUCCAUCCCCAUCAGGGCUCACAAUACAGCCACCAUCCUGGCUAAAAGGAACUGAAGGGUUUGAUCUUCAGAGCUCAGAGAUAGCUCUCCGGGUGAGAGGAAUCACUGAUGAAAGAUGUUUGGUAAUCCUUCUCUCAAAGGUGAUGAGGGCUUAUCUUGGUCCUGAGACCAAGGUACUGGGACCCUUACUCAGAUCUAAUUCUUCUGCAUGACAUUACAGAGCAUCAACAUUAUAACUGUUCACACUACCCACAGGCCUGAUGAUCAACCCACUUGAGUGAUUCUAUUUCAUUUAAAAUACAAGUGAACACUGACGGUUGCAAAUGUAUAGAUCUCUUUUUGGGUCAGACAAGCAUAAAGGGCCCCCCAGAAUUUGUUUUCUCUAGCGGCUCAGUGGCAAUAUAGAAACACAAUUAUAUGCAGACUCACAUCUUGUUCCAGCAAAUUGACUCUGUUUUUUAAACUACAUUUUCCUUUUCAUUGUUUCCCCUUUUGGUUUUCAUUGUUCUCCAGAUGUGACUUCCUGAAACUAACAAAGCAGCAAUUCUUUGCAAAACUGCAUUUAAAACCUGUAAUAUUCAUAAAUUGCUGUAUAUCUUAAUUUCAUGCUCAUUCCUUCUAUAGUGUUAUAAAUGUACCUUCUUCUUAAAACAGACCUCUUAGUAGACAACAGAAGUGACAUAUUGCAUAUUCAGAUGAGGAUUUGAUCAGAAAUUGAGUAAAUUGUAUAUAAUCUGUCACCUUUGUGGAAAAUAUACCUUUCAAACCAAUAGUAAUAUCUUUGAUCCCUCACCCUUUUUGAAUAAUGAAUUUGUUAGUGGAAAUUAAACCAAGAGAUUUGAAAAUGAACAUUUCAUGGGAGUAGCUGACCCAUGAAAGUUGUUACCAUCUCAUAGCUCUUUGGAGUCCUCUGUGAAAUUAGUUUGAUGGCCUUUAUCUUGUUCUCAGUAGAAAGGUGUCCACACUACGAAAGAUACCACUUGUUAACAGUUUCAGCCUGGAUACUAAAUUUUUCUCUCAUCCCUAGGCAGGCCUUUCAAUACUAGAAAAAUGACGUCAACUUCCAUCAAUGGUGCAGCUAUUGCAUUAGAGCCAGUAGCAAUGUAAGUGCUCGUGUUGCUAGGACUCUGGGGCUUUGUGUUACAUUCAUGUCAUGAAAACCUGGUAAAAUAGCUUAAGCCCUGUCUAUGCUAGUGGCUUAGUACAAGUGCAGUUACACCAUUGUUUUCUAUUGCUGUGAUGUGCGCAUUGAUUUUUCCAGUGCAGAUCCACCCCUAAGGUGACAGGAGUAUCUAGGAACAGGUUGAGGUACACUGGCAGGACCUAUGGAGAAGCUUGUCCUAACGCUAUUUGUGCUGUCCCCAUCCUGUGCAAAAAAUGGCAACUUAUUGUCAAACCAGCAUCUUCCAUGAACAUGACAUUCAAAUUAAUUAUUUUUUAAAAUGACAUACUAGGCUCAAUGGAAUUGAGCUGACAUGAGGUGGUUGCUGAAGAAUGCAGUGGGAAGCUAUAUGCCUUGGUAAAAUCAUACAGCCUUACGCCAUGAUUUUCAAAAGAGGCUAGUGUGCUUCAGGUUUUGAUUGACCAAACUGAGACACUUUAAGGUGGCCUGAUUUUCAGGAGGCAGGUAUGCAACCAUUAAGGAGGACCCUGUAAAAUAUCUUAGGUUGGGAACCCCGAAAUUGGGAAUCCAAAAUCCCUAGUCCCUUUAGAAAUUCUUGGCCUUAAUUUCUGAACUAAUAAAAUGUUUAAUUUUCAAAAAUGCCAAAGCAAUUAAGGUGUUUAAAUCUCACUUGACUUUCAGUAGGACGUAGCCAUCAAAGUCACCAUUAUGACUGGUGUCUGUUAUUUUUGUUUUAUGUUAGUAAGGGCUGAGAACGAAAGAGGUUAAUCCACAGCAAGAGAAUAAUGAGCCCCACUGUCUGGUUCGCUUUGCUAUGUAAACGGUGGAAGCUAGUCACAGCAGGCUCCCAUUAAAGUGACUUCCUAUAUAUUGGUACUUUUUAUUUAUUUGUUUUCAUUGGCUGGAAGAUAAUAAACCCAACUGUGCACUCUGAAUUGAGGAAGUUGUUUUCUCUCUAGCAACCUUAUUUAUAUCUGGGAGGUGGGAAAAGAAGGUUUCUCUUCAGAUAUUUUCUUUUGUCAUUUCAACCUGCAUGGAAUGGGAUCGUAGCCAUUGUAGAAAACAACUUAUUUUAAUGAUGUUCUAAGUUAACAAAAAGCUGCCAAAUGAAUUAUAUGAACACGGAAACAAGAGCUGUAUUAAAAAGAGAACUGGAAGAGAUGGCAUGUAGUGUUCUUUAGUGAUACUUAUUCCAAGAUUUCAAAAUUCAUUUCCCAACCUCAUUUUACUUGACACAAUGAUCUUUAAUUAUAACACUACAUUAUAACUAAUAUGUUUUGCUUAACCCUAAUGCUUCAUGAAAGUUGGGUAUUAAGGAUAUGCAGCAUAUUGGUUAUUAAAGGUGGAAUUCAGCACUAUGCCGAAGACCUGCAGAAUGUCCGUACACCAUCUAAGGUCUCAAAUUAGAGCAUCACUGGACCCUAAGCAUUACAUAGGUUUUAGCCGGGGGUGGACAUCACCUUACAUACAGUUCCAUUGCAUUGUAGCUCAUGAACACACCACAUUGUUAUCUGGUUCAUUGAUGUAGCAAAGCCUAGUUACAUGUAGGCCAAGAUUUUCAAGAGCAUCCAAUGAUUUUCAAUGCUUCAGAUGCCCACUUGAGACACCUCAAAGGAAUUUGAAUUUCAGAAAGUGCUGAA